GCUCGACGAAGAACUCGCAAGUAGUUUCCUACCAACUCUCGCGCGAGUCGGAUGACGGGUUACUUAUGUUGAGCUCGUUCCCGUUCGCCGUUGACAUCGUAGCUCCGAACAAACAAUCGUAUUCGAAGGAGCACGAAACCACGCUAGAGAAACUUGUUCGUCGAUCGGACGCGUCAUUUACCGUGUUCUCAUCUUUCGUGUUGUGCGCCAGUCUUUGGAUCUUUGCCUCCGUCCGUCAGUAGAAACGUGUAGUCGACGUCGAGUGCGAUUUCGUGUGACCCUCAUCGGUACGAUCUACGGAAGACACGCGAGUGUGCGAAAGUUCCGCGACGCGAAUGCCGUGAUGCUGCACGGUGGUGGCGGAAGAAGAUCGUCGGGGCUGCUCGACACCGUCUCGAUCGCUUCCUCCUGACAGUAUGAGCCUCGUGCAUCGUCCUCGCCGAUGAGAUAGAGUGGCGUACCCGCUCCUAGGACGAUGUCAUUGCAGUGAUUUACACACACGACACAGUGAAGAAGUUCCGAUUCUCGAGAUUUGUGUGAAUGGAUCGGGACUACGUCGCGGACAAGUGGCACUGAAGUGAGAAGCGAACAGUGUGUCCGCGACGUCGGAUAGUGAUUUGCGUACAACCAUAUAGUGAACCGUGGUAACUCUGUAACACGUGUGACAGUUCCCGUGAGGGAUAGAGCAUAUCCGUGGUGUCGGGAGGUUGGCUAGCGAAGGAGUUGAUUUCGGACGUGGCUGUAUCGUGUCUGUCUGUCGUGAGAUUACAUUCUCUGAUGAUCUGGUUAAGUCGGUGCCGGUUCAAACGCCGAUCGUGUCACGUUAUGCAAUGUUGAUAUAGUGCGUUAAACGUUGAUUUCCAGUGAACAAUGGUCGGAUUCCUCACGGCGUACACCAUGGAUUUCUCUAUUUUCAACGCGGUGCCGACGCGACGCACUACGACCAGGAAUAACACGGAUCUUGCAAGAAAUAGAUCGAGACGACACACGACCGGCAGCACGAGAACAAGAUCAACGCCACCUAUAAUCUGGCUAUCGUUGCUACUGACGCUAGGAACGGGGGUAACGUCAUCAGCGACGAACAUAACGAACGUGUCACCAUUGGCCUCGACGGUGAAGCCGAUCACGACCACGGAAGUAGUUUAUCAGCGAUUCGCGAUUGAACCGAUGGAUCAGACCGCGGUGAUUGGCAGCCGAGUGACGCUUCCUUGCCGGGUCCUCGACCAGAAGGGACCUAUUCAAUGGACAAAGGACGACUUCGGUCUUGGCGCCGUCAGAAACCUCACGGGAUACGAGCGUUACGCCAUGAUCGGCAGCGACGAAGAGGGUGAUUUCUCGUUACAUAUUUAUCCGGUGGAACUGGAGGACGAUGGCACAUACCAAUGCCAGGCCUCGCCCACGAACGACGGCCAGCCAGCAUUACGCUCGAGAUUCGCCAAGCUGAGCGUGCUGGUUCCGCCUCAGAAACCAAAGAUCCUUCAGGGCGACUUUCUUAUCACGACCGAGGACCGGGAAUUGGUGAUCGAGUGCGUCAGCGUGGCUGGCAAACCGCCCGCGGAGAUAACAUGGAUCGACGGGCUGGGGAACGUGCUGCACAGAGGUAUCAAAACGACGAAAGAAUUAUUCGACGACGGUCCCUUGUACACGGUGAAAUCCAUCCUGAGGGUAAUGCCGCGAAAGGACCACGACAACACGACGUUCACGUGCCAAAGUCAGAACGCGGCCGACCGCACGCCGCAGAAUGCGAAACUGCGCGUCGAGGUACGCUACGCGCCGAAAGUGUCUCUGAGAAUCCGGUCGGGCCUGGGCAAGAAUGGCCGCAUCGUGGAGGGUAGCGAGCUCCGUUUCAAAUGUCGCGCCGAGGCGAAUCCACCGAAUGUCGAGUACAGGUGGUUCAUCAACGAGAAAAAGGUGAUCGGCGACUACACCACGGAGAUGAUCAUCCACAACGCAACCCGCGAUCUUCACGAUGCGAUUGUAAAGUGCGAGGUUCACAACGAUGUCGGGAAGAGCGAGGAUACCGAGACUCUGGAUAUCACGUACGGGCCACAGUUCCGGCACCAGCCAAUCUCCGUGGAAACGCAGUACGGCGCGACGGAGAUCUUGCAGUGCGACGUCGACGGAAACCCAACACCGGAGAUCCGUUGGUACCACGAGGACUCGGAGCGACAGGUCGCUAGCACGCCGAACAUCAGCGUGGUGGUGAACCACGAGACAGCCGGACGGUACUUUUGCAAGGCACACGUACCGGGUUUUCCGGAGCUGACGGGCUACGCGAAUAUCUACAUCCGGGCGUCACCGAGCAUAGUGUCACAGAGGGUGCAAUAUGUACCCGACGAAGGCGUUGUCAAAGUGAAGUGUACCGCGGUAUCUGUGCCAAAAGCGGACUCGGUGGUAUGGAGCUUCGCCGGUCGCGAGCUCAAUUUCUCGUCGAACAAUACGCCGUUCCAUGUGCAGGAGGAAUACACCGGCGAGAGAGUCGUCAGCACUGUCACGCUGCUCGAUCCCAUAUCCACGUACUUCGGGGAUUACAACUGCACGGUCACGAAUAGCUUCGGCACGGAUUCCGUCAUAAUCAAGCUGACGGCACACACGUUGAUUCCAGUCGAUUGGCAACUGAUUCUCAUCAUCGGUGGAUUGGUCGUCUGCGUGAUCCUGAUUGGCGUGAUCAUUAUACUCAUUCUACAGUGCCGCGACCGCAUCAAACAGCCACGACCGAGGACGGCCCAGACUCAAGAGACUGAUAUGCAGGAAACAGAUUCGAACGCGGAUAGAUAUCGAGAAAGUGACAGAAGCAGCAACCUGUCGGACGUUAAAGCGGAUAUACGGGCGGGAUCGAGUGUCAGCAACGCGGAGAGCGUGACAGCGCUUGACAGCGAGGGCGAAGGAAGCACGAGAGGUGUGAACGCUUUGGCGCUGGCCGGCCCUGUACCCAAUCCCCUGGGUUAUCGUUACAGCGCCGAUUACACGGAACCUUCGUUCCCGCCGAAGAAUAACGACGGUAGUAACAAUAAUGGUUACGUACCGUACGUAGAUUAUACCCGCGACUAUAUGCCGCCCACGACGCAAGGAGUGGGUGCGUCACGGGAAUCCUUAAGCAGGAUACCGUCUGGCGGCAUACUAGCCUCAAAGAAGAUCGGUCUGAGUUCUGCGAAUUUGGGCUCCUCCACUCCGCAAACCACCCCAGCGAUCGACCCACGUUUCUCUGCAACGUAUGGAAACCCCUACCUCAGAAUGUCAGCCGCGGAGCAGCUGAGACACGCGCCACACACGGCUGUGCCGGGAGUAACGCCAGCACCACCGCCCUACACGCAAGCAAUGAGAAUGAAUAGCUUGAAUACCUUGAACGGUGCUGGACCGCAGGCACCACUUUCGGCACACUACAUCACGGGCGGCCCAAACGGUGGAGUAGCGACGGUAAAGCGCACCUCGGCGGUAGGGACGUUAGCGACGCACGUAUGAGGCCAGGGGGUCUAUCCGAACUAGAACCGUCGACGUUCGGACCUAACUAGUACCGCCUUCGAGAACCGUGAAGCCAUCGAAUGGACUCGGCAGUCGAAUACGCUCAGGUCGCACGAAAAGUUUCUCGCGGAAAACUUAGAGGAGAACUACCCUUAUCAGAGCCACGAUAGCGUCGAAUUCGGAGAUCGUGAUAUCGUUCGACGAGCUUCCACGAUCGCACGCGUGCCAGAAGUCGAACGAUUGCUCGGAGAAACGAAAUCGAAGGACGAGACGAGGAAAUUUCGAUUGAAGGGACGGGCACAACGAAUGGCUGAAAACGGCGAAGCAUUGAAGUACAUCGAGAUAGUGUUACGACAAUUACGAAAGGCCAGCCGUGAUCAUCGACAACUCGUGGAGCAGCGUCAUCGGAACGUGCAACCGUUUCCUGCGUCUUCGACGAUCGACGAAUAUCUUUUGGAUAAGUCGAACGUACAAAGUUUGACGAUUCCACGCGGGCAAAGCGAGGAGAACCGGAUUGUCCGUGACAUCUCUCGGGACACGAUCGAAAGGUUACAAGAAGUUGGAACGAGCGAAGAACCGCAAGAGCUUACCGAGUAUCCCGGCGUGGAUGUUACGAAGAAACUGUUGGCAAAGAAGAAGACAUACGCGAGAGGCAUUUACCUACUGGAAACGAUGCCCAGGAGGAUCCACGAGAGGAUGAGCGUGGCGGGCCGACAGGGUCUACGAUACGUUCCUGCUUACGAAGGAAUUGACACUACGAUUAUUCAGUGAAUGCGCUACGAGCUGGUAAAACAACGGGCAAACGUGAACGCUUAAGACUGUUUGAGAACAUAGAGUCUGGCAAAAAAUAGCUCUCGUCAAACUUGUAAGCUAUUCGAUCGGUAUAGAAAGAUCGUGAAGGAUGCGAGGAGACUUGUAAAGUUUGUUGGCCGACUUCGAGAAACGGCAGAAACAAGAAUCGAAUUAAUGGCGAACAACUGUGGUAACGACAAUGACCGAUCGAGCUUGUCGAGAAGAAUUGAUUAGCCUUGACUACGCGUGGUACUCCAUUUAAGAAGACUGAAUCGAGGGAUAAGAAGGUUCCUUCAUCGACUCGGGAACACAGUGUAUUUUUCUCUAUCGUCUAAUAGAAAUAAGAUAGUCGACUUUGUACAUCGAAGAGACUGGACUAGGGUAAACGGGGUUAUCGUAAACGUCAAAGAAAUACGUGGCUCGACGUGGUUCGAUAGAAAUCAAUUAAAAAACAAAAGAAGAAGAAGAAAGGGAAUGAUCAUCGAAAAUGGGUAGUUGGUGGAUUAGCGAGAAACGAAGGACGGUGGUUAGGUUCGUAAAUCGAAGGAGCUCUUCGGAACGAGAACAGACCACUCGGUAUCGACAAUCUUUUAUUCGCAUACUUAUAGAUCUCGAUAAGUAUUUAAUGUUCAUUCGAAACGUAACGAAAAAAAAAAAAAGAAGAAAUGAGAAUCGAAUUUCAUCGCGGAUCAUUGUGGUCGUAGUAGCAGUCUCUUAAACGAGGAAAAACGCCACGAAGUGAACAAGAAAAUAAUGAACAUCGAAUAAUUGUGCUUCGUACGGAUAAUUCGCGUUUUGAACAUGUGAUACGUAGACGGAUGUCCAGGUAAGAGUGACGUGUUGAAUACGAAGAAAUCGUUGGAUCGCGUCGUCAACACGGACAGGCAUAACGUCUCGGCUGCUACUUCGAUGUCACGCUGUGUCGCGCUGCCUUUUUUUUAUUUGUAGGAAAAAAUGUUAGGUCUCGCGCAGUAUUCGAAAAUAAGCGCACUAGACGAGAAAAAAGGACACUUCGAACGGAUCGUGCUGCUUGUCUGACAAGAUUGAUCGCGAUCUCGUGUCUCCUUCCGGCCUGAGGAUUUUCAAUCGUGAAAAUACGCGCGUUUGAAAAGCGAUCGAAACGUCCCACGGGCCGAUCUUUGUAAAAUAGAUAGCUAAAAUGAUUAGAUAUAUACAUAUAUAAAUAUAUCACCUGUUGUCAAUACGAACAUAGGGCCUAUAGUUUGGUGGCGCUACAAAAGCAAAGCUGUAUCGGAAUAAGCUCGUUUGUGGAUGGAACAGCUUCGUGUAAAUAAUAUUAUAACGAUAUUAACUAAUAGACGAUCAAGCAGAGGAAACAACGUGUUAGACGUAAUUGGUCGUGUAUCUCGUUUCGGGAGAAAAAAUGGAGCGCGACUUAAAAAGAAAAGAAGGAAGAGAAACUGGCCGAGAAUUCUUCGUUCGAUUACAAUCGUUAUUAUGUUAUCUUCGUUCUUGUCGAAAAUGUUUUCUUGUUCGUUUGCAAUGCCUGUAGCUCGUCGAACGAGGAUCCAGACUUAUUAAGUUCUCCUCGACGAUGAUCUACGGCCUCGAAUCCUCAAGUUCAAAGAAAAACACGGUAAAAAACGAAACAAACAGAUACAUCGCUCAUUGACGUCGCGAUGCUAUGCAGCGAGCAUAAUACCAUUGAUUACGAUAACGAAACAGGGUAGCCUAUCAAUUACUAAAACGAUUUCGACAGAAAAAGGCUGCACGCUACGGAUUGGCCCCAUACUCGCAUGGUGCGUCGGUGAUUAACAGAAUUAAAAAAAAAACAGGAAAAGAAGAAAAGGAAAUGUAGAGCUCGAGCAAACGUGUCGGUGACGACGAUGGGAUUCGAAUGAACGAUGACGGUGAUCGUGGCGCAUUCAGAGCUAAAAAGGCGAAUGAAUAUACAUUUGUAUUGUGGAGAAAAUAUCUUUAUAUUCAGACGUAUGUAACAUAAUUUCUGUACAUAACUGGAAUUAUUGCUCACCGUAUCUCGUAAGAUUUAGUUAGUUUUGUAACUGUGAAAAAGAAUGAAAAGAUAAAAUAUUAUAUGCAUAUCUAAUACUAUGCGGACAGUUUCGCGACGGACAGUUCCCCUCGAAAGUAUUCGACCCUGUCGUCGUAGAUCGAAAAAGAGAAAGAAAAUCAGUAUUCGUAAUAUAAAUACUUCCUUCCUAUCGAGAACUCAUUCUCGAUCCCACGAUCGACCGCGAUCGUGCGCAGUCCGUCGUCACGAAACGAUCAGUUCCUCUGUUCGCACUCGAAUCGUUUCGUCGAGAAGAACGCGGUCAGAUCGGAACGAAAUUACACAGUGUAGUAUUAUCGUACUCGUAAGUAUCUUUCCUCUCGCAAUUCGAUCACCGUGUUCUUCUUGUCGCGAAAUCGACCAGCCUCGUCGACGGAGUCUCCCAUUUCCGGGCCAUGGAACUGUCCACCGGAAGUCCAGAUUAUUGUACAUCAAUCAUUCUGUACAAUAUUCAUCCUGAUGUUACUGUUAACUAUUUAAAAGUAUGAGAGCGUACGUGGGUGAGUGUUAACGAGUGUAAAAGCAAAAAUGGCGAGAAUGACUGUGAGAGAAAGAGAAAGAAUUUUGAACUUUUCACAUUCAAAGCGCGCAAACGAAAUACUGUGCGCAUGCGCGUGUGCCAAAAGGCUCGGGCGCCGUUUCGCGGCACGCGCGCUUGCGCGUACGAUCGCACACACGUCACGUGUAAAUGUAUAAAUGCUUGGUGGAAUUCCGGAUUGUACAGGUUUAGCGGGGUGAAGAAAGAAACAAAAGACAUAAAAAACGUACACGGUGGAAACACUCGUUCGAUCCGUGGAAACGAAUCCGCGUACAUUUACAGACGGCACGAGGCCAUGUCAGAAAGAGGAAAAGAGAGAGAUCUAUACAUACAGACACAUGAUUUCUAUUAUAAAAAUGUAGGUUAUAACGAAGUAUACUGCGGGAAGUAAUUACAAUCAAUGUACUGGAUGGUCCAGGGCAAUGUUAAAAUUAGAAAAGUUUAUGUCGUUUGAACCUUAGGAGUUUGCGCCUUCUUGCCGCAGGGCCAUCCUAUACGUAUUAAUUGGUUAUCUGUCAAUUAUUAAUUAAAUUAUAUCGAUUUCUUCGCCUUUAGUCAAAGAAAGGAACGAGAGCCAUCGCGAAGUUUCCUUCUCGAACGUGGCCGUGCGAUUUCACCAUGCGAACUGCAUGCACUCGAGAUAUCGCGCGCGAAUCUCUUCCUGCGGAGCUUCUGUUCGCUUAUUCCGGUUUAAGGAAGUUCGCGGGCAAGAGCAUAAUCGAUAACUUCGAAUAGUUUAUUUUUCUAUAGUGCAAUUAUUUCGUUUCGUGCAAUUCUCGACGUCGUUGUUUUCAUUGAAAGGUUUAUUCUCGCGACGCGCAAACUCGCGCCUCUCGAAAGAAUUUCGAAACGUUCGCCGCAUCUCGAUGAGGAAACUUCGCGCUCGGCUCGGUCACGCUGUGUGUUAUAAAGCGCGAUAUUGUUAGGCAAUUUAUGACCGAGGUCCUGUGACGAACGGUUAUGCGUUCUCUAACUACGCGCGAAAAUGGGAAAAAUGUCAAAGGGAAUGAGUAGAGAAAGGGAUGAAGAAAGGGAAAAUAUUGCCUAAUAGGGUGAACGAGGGAAGUUUUUUCAAAUUUGUUGAUACAUUUCAUACUUUACGAUUAGGGAUUAUGGCCUAUUACUAACUAUUUCGCAAACCUUAUCCGGCGAUCCGAUCGUUUUUACUAUUUCACGCGACAGAGUUAAACGAAUGGCAAUGAUUCAAUCAGGAUUCCCGAUUUUAAGGCGUGAACGAGAGAAACCACAAGAACGAAAGAGGCAACGUUUUGAUUCAAGAGAUGUGCCAUACCGUUCGUUGCGUAAAUAACGCCUUGACGCUCUCGGGUUUAAAAACUAGAACACUUGAACGAAGAACAAAGAAAAAAAAAUACAACAAAAUACUGUCAACCUCCAAACGAGAUAUGUGAAUUACCGUGCAAAGAGCUCGAUAUCGAGGAACAUAUAUUUUAAAAACGAUCGAGUCGCCCGUCCACGCAUUUGUGAAAUGGAAAGUGACUUUUUAGAAAAUGAACACUUUUUCGCGUGCUAUCCAUAAAAGCUACGUUAAACACGUUGCAUCGAUUACUGAGUAUAAAGAAAAAAAAAAAAAAAAAAACGCUAUUUCGAAUUCGACUGAACGACAUAUAGGAGAUACGAUAUAUACCCCCAUAUUUUUCUCGAUGUUAAAGCUUUUUUCUCAGAAAGCGUUACGCGGCGUGUAAUGCUGCCUGCGAAAAGGAAUUCAAGCGAAUCGUUGCGAAUCUUUAAAAAUUAAUCGGCGUAUCGUUUGUAUAAUAUAGCGGUGAGGAUCCGAUCGACAGCGAUCGUUAUCGUACGAGUAUCGUAAGGGCGGUAGGAAAGAAGAAAAAAGAAGGAUGAUCGUUCUGAAGCGAUGCGAGCACUUCUGAUUCAGACCGACCAUCCGUUCGAUCGAAGACUUGCACUUUGAAUUCUCGACGAAGCGACGUUUCUUUUGUUUAUUGUGUACGAUAAUCUUCUUGAUCGUGUCGUUUGUAUGAAAUCGAAGGGAGAGUAUCGCUAAGUUAUCAUCCGACAAAUCCAUUACGUUUUUACAGAAAGAAACUUUUCAACGUACACCGUGUGUAGUAAUCUCGACCAAUAAUUUUUGAUACGAACGCGCCAGGAAUUUAUUCGACUUUUGGUACGUCUCGAACGACAACGCUUGGGAACAACUUAACGAAAACGCACUCUUAUCACACUCGUCCCCGGUAUAAAAAAUCAUCUCGUGAAACAAUCUCUUCCAGUCAACGUUUCGGUCCACGCGCAUCAAAAAACAAACACACCCUCGAACAUCGAUCCACUAUUACAAAUACGAUAGACUGUUUUACCGGUACACUAAACAAACGAACAAAACGGGAAAGAAAAGACUGUAAACGACUGCUCGUUGAAACUGCAUCGAACGUUAGCGAUGCAUGAUAAAUUCGCGUACGAAGAGGUCGGUGCACAAGUCGCGUGACUCGGUUUGGAUCAAUCUCUCAUAUAAAAUGAGAAAAAGAGAGAGAAAAAAAGAACACGACAGAAUAGCUCGUGGUAAUAAUUAGGAACGUUCGCGAUAUCUAUCGAAAGAUCAUGUUACGACAAACACGUUAUUACCAUUAUUUUUCUGUCGUCCGUUACUUUUUUGCUUUUCCUUCCUCCAGUUUUCAAACGGUAGCCUGGCCAUUCUCGGCCUCUGCUAAUGAUGUCUGAAUCACAUUCGUUCGAAUCGAAUUUUCCUUAUACAUACAAUUAAACCGCGCACAAUGGAAUUUCAAUUACGUUACGGAGAUGCAACGAAGUUCUUGUAACAUUAGACAAUUGGCUCGACAAAGAAGCUCGACAAAAAUUCCGAACAUCUCGUAGGAAAAUACGUUCCGAGGCGAAGGCUAAUACCUAAUGCGCGACCAUAAUGGUCGAUCGCGGUAAUAAUGCGUGUGCUAAUUGCGGAGAACGUUCGGCGAAGUAACGAUGGAAAAAAGAAACGACACUAGAAAAUGGUAACGAUGUAACACACGAGGUGUAACGCGAGGAGUCGCGUGGCGCAAAUGCCACGCCGAGGCGAAAAGUAAAUUAACCGAACGAAGGGUAACUCGAUCUAAAAGAAAUACACCGAAACUCGAAGGAAACUCUCGUAACGCGAUUAAAUGCAAGAACUUUUGUUGCGAACCCGUUACAUCCCUGACGCUAUCGCGCAUCGAAUUGGCAAACUUCGCAAGCCGAAACCUGCGCCACGAAUGAAGUUCGCCGAAAUACUAUUCCGCUGACUAUCCAUCCCCCGACUCCUCCCUCCGUAUUUGAUAACGAGUUAUUAUCGAUCCGUUUACUUACGCGCGUUUAGCGUAACUCGGCAUAGCCACCCAACCGCAAUCUUUUUUCAACUCGAUCGAUUUUUCGAACAAACCGACCGUUUCGAUUAAAAGUGAACUGAUAUUUAAUUGUUAAAGAAUAGAGGGGAAAACGAAAUUAUAUAUAUAUAUAAUUAUAUAUCUAUGCAACAUCGCGUACACACGCCUUGCAGCCGAUACUCGGUACGUUGAUAUUUCAUCAGCGAAUCGGUCAAUAUCGAUGAUCCUUUGACGAAACGAACAGAAGUGCACCAAGUGGAGUAUAGGAUAAUUCGACCGAAAGGAGGAUGAAUAAUAAACAUAUGUAAAUAUUUCGAACACUAGAGAUUUGACUAUGAACAGCGAAUCAUACUUUUUAGUGUAAAUUACUUUGUAUCAUAAUAGCCUAACGAAACAAUUUAGCUAGACACUUUUUUGAGAUCUCCUUAUAAAAAACGAAGGGAAGGAAGAAGAGAGUCGCUGUUUCUGGGGUUUUUGUUUGACGAUCGAGCAUCGAUCUUACUAUCGUGCUGCCUGACAGUGAAUUGAAUCGCCGCGAACGCGAUGUGAAAAUCAACGACCGGCCAUCGUGAAUUUCGUAGCUUCGUAUUUCGCGAUCAAGCGCUCUUUUGUGACAACAGGAUACGUCAUACGCGGAUCUACAAUGCACAAACGAAUUGCUAUCGCUACUUUAACGGUUGGACGCAUCCCUCUCUACGUUUUAACGGAAACCAGGUCGAUUUGUCAGAAACGAUACACAUUUUUCAUCCGCAUCGGAAAGAAAGAUAUAUAUAUAUAUAUAUAAAAUAUGAAAAAUAUAUGCUUCGAAAAUCAUGAAACUUUGAUCCGUAUUGGUUCGAUCGCAAUUCGAUCCAAAAUUCCUCGCACGUACAUACCUGUAGCGCAAAGAUUGGACGCGAAAACGAAACCCACGGGAAAAGACAAAACAUUGUUCGCACAAGAUCUUCCGUUAGCGAGAAAGAAAUUUUAGUAAAAACAGGGAGAGAAAGAGAGAGAGAGAGAGAGAGAGAGAGCGCAUUUUAGAGUGAAAGGGAGCGAGAGAGUUAAAUAAAGAUUUUGUUUUCUUGAGAAUCGAGGAACGUACCGCGAGAAAAACUACCGAGUCUUACUCUUCGAUAUCGACAGUGUGCCAAUGAAAAAAACUUUUUAUUCCGAGUUUAGCUAACGUCUGUCGCAUUUUCUCAUUCCCCUUCGAUCACUUCGCGAAACAUACACACACGCGCGCGCGCACCAUAUAACCUUAAGGACAUGUAAGUACAAAGGAACAAAGAAAAGAAAAUAAGAAAAAGCUUAGAAAUUUUCAAUGUUUUCCGCGUCGCGACAGUCGAUAGGUAUUAACGCGUGCCCUUACCACUAGUGUACACCUGGCCGAUAAAACUGACAUUGAAACUUUCAUCAUUUCCGUUCAGCCCACUCGCUUCCCCUCACUGCCAUAAGUACACUCACCCUUUGAUCGAACUUCGUAUGUUCUUUUAUUUUCAUUUUUGUCUCUUCUAAUUUCUUUUUCCUUGGCCGGAGAACUAAAUUUUACGAGACGGGACACGUUUCUUUUCUUUCUUGCAACACGAAUAAAAGAAAAGAAACGACAAGACCAAAGAAAUGUUUAUUUUAAUGUUGUGUAUAUUAAUUGAGUUUAUGUCGUAUAAAUUUGAUGAUGCAUUUAUUCAUGCGUUACACCGAGUGCUUUAAUUAUUCUUUCUCCUCUUUUUUUAAUUAUUAUUGUUAGCAUAAGUAUAUAUUCAUAUAUAUAUAUAUAUAUUGAAGUAUGUUUUUUUUUAGAUAAGUAUCCAUCGUCUAUUAUCGUAAUCAUCGUGAUCGAUCGACGCAAAAAAUUUCGUACUUGUAAGGUGUACAUUUUUGUUUACGCGACUUAUCACCCAUCAUUAUAACACAACAACGAUUUUUAUUAUUAUUAUAAUUAUUUAUAGUUAAUUGAUUUACAUACUAAUUAUUAAGCAGCCAGUGCCGUUUAUUUUAUACUUCUCGUAGAGUGUAAUGUAUAUCACUGCUGUUAUCAUAUUUUAUUAAAUCUUUGCCAUAUAACAGCCCUCGUAGUCUCACGUUUUCACCCUUCAUUCCAUGCAAGACGAUCCCAUUUCUUGUCUGCAAUCGCAUCUCUCCUCCCAAUACCAAUACCUUUUUCACCAAUCCCUCUUCGAAUCUCCGUGCACCACAACCACGACAAAGUCUAUCUCUGGAACACGUAUUCGUGGAUUUUUUACGUUUUAUCGUAUUUGCUUUAAUUUUUUAGCAAAGGACUAACCGAAGGCAAGAAGAGAAAAGAGUAAAAGAAAUAAAGAAAAAAAAAAAAAAGAAAGAGGGAAAGAAAAGGGAGGAAAUAGAUACAACGAUAAUAUCGAAGAAAUGAAAGUCUUUCGAUGCGUGGAAAAGCAAGAAGGAACGAGUGGUCCGGAUGCGCUUAAAAGUUGCAUCGUUCCAUUGUAAAAAUACGCGCGUGUACGCCGAGUACGUGCAAUAUCGAGUGAUUUCACGUUUCUCUACGCACGUCUUAAAGCCGCAUACAUCGAGACAUAUUGUUGCUUUGCGACCUUGUAAAUGCACUUGAGCACGCAUAUCCUCUAACGAGCGCCGUCUUUCGUACUCUUUUGCUCCCCUUGUGCAGAAAUAAGAGUGAGCGACGCUCGGGCUUUAUUCGCCAAUCCUCUGGGUAUAAUAAGGAGUAUUUCGCGUCACGCAAACCCGGAGUGUUCUCUUCGUUUUCCUUAUUCUCUCAGAGAUAUAACUUAUUCUUCUGUCUAGAAUGGUGACAAUUGAUUUAUCGAUAUAGCGUAAAACUUUAAAACCGAAGUACGUAACUUCCGGACCUUGCAGCCGGUACACGAAAUUUACACCGACUAUUUAGAGAUUCAUGCGUUUGUUCGAGAAUCGCUGCAAGGUUUGGAAUUAUCACUUCUUCUGUUAACUUCCUUGUAUUAUCGGUGAUUUGUGUCCUAGCCGGUGAGACCGACUUCGGGCAGAAAUCAACUGUCUGUUCACGUCAAGGGAAAUAAAAUAGAUUAUUUCACAUAGCACACAGUUCAAUAAACUGUAAACGAAAGCAAUGAAAGAAAAUAAUGCUAUUUUUAUAUGUUGCAUCGUCUGCCGUGAUGACCUAUAGUUAUACGAACUAUACUUGAGUUACUUUCUUCAUUUAUGAUUCAUGUAUCCAUAGGGUCAUUUCGUAUUGCACUUCGGAUAAUUUCUCUUUACGUUCGAAGUUUGUCUCUCAACGUGAUCGUAAAUAUAUCGCGUUCAAAUAUUUACUAAAGAAAUGCUAUUUCUUUUAGUCUGAAUCGUGAUUUGAUCAAUGAUAUUUUGUUAUACUUUGUGUAAAUGGAAUAAUUAGUAUCGUUUGAAUGAUGUUAGAAAUUGUGAGAAGCAUUCUCGUAUAAUUUGAUGAGCAAUAUCCCCAUAAUAUUAAAUAUCAUCACAUUAGCAGCUUAGAAAUAAACGACAGAAAUAUUUCUAAAAAUGAUCCAAAGGAUGCUCUUGCUCACAAUUGAUCUAGAUUACUACAUUAAGAUUUACUAUUAUUGUAUUAUUAUUACUAUAUCUACAUUCCUUUUAAGAAUCUACCACUAUUACUUUACGAAACCAUCUGUAAAUAAGUAUUUUGUAUUCCUGCAAGAAUAAAAUUACGAAUCAUUAA